AUGGCCUGGACACUGGUCACACCCUCCUCGAGAGGCAUUGGGUUUGCUUUGACUCGUCGACUUCUCCAGACUUUGCCAACGAGCGUCACCAUUGUAGCAACUGCACGGUUGGAUCUUCCCGGCUCCAGGGAGAGGCUCAUUUCAUCGCUGGAUUUGACUGAAGCGCAAUCUGGCCGGCUCGAUGUACAGAGAUGUGAUGUUCUAUCCGAAGCUUCAAUUUCCGACUUGGCCGGAUAUUGCAAAGAGCGUUAUAACGAUAGGCGCAAGGAUAAGACUGCUCACCUACGGUUGGGCCUUAUCAUUCCCGGCAUGUUGGUCCCGGAGAAGGCACCAGAAAAGAUCGAAUACGACGUGGCUCUGCAGACACUGAAGCUCAAUCUGUUGGCACCCAUGAUGCUGGUGAAACACUUCUGUGGGUUUCUUCCGAGACAAUCGGCAAAACUGUCGAAACUGGACGGACUGCCGGACUCGGCUGUAUUGGCUCUGAUGAGCGCAAGAGUAGGAUCAAUAGGGGAUAAUCGACUGGGCGGCUGGUACAGCUACCGUUCUUCCAAGGCUGGAGUCAAUCAGUUAGUCAAGUCGACCGACAUUUAUGUUCAAAUGCAAAGCGCAGCGAAUGCCAUGUGCAUCGGUUUGCACCCUGGCACAGUAAAGACUGGCCUAAGCGAGGAAUUCUGGGGCAGCACUCCCCAAGAACGGCUGUUCAGUCCAGAAUUCAGCGCAGAGAAGAUGAUCGACGUUAUCAGACGCUUGCAGCAAGACGGCCGCGGUAGAUGUUGGGAUUGGGGAGGCAAAGAGGUUCCUCCAUAA